AUGUCCGAUGACUUUCCCUUCCUACCACCAGUAAAGGUAUGGGACUACGAUAUGAAACGUGAGGCCCAGGAGAUACUCCCCAACCUCUACCUCGGCCCGUUCGGUUGCGCUCGUGAUCUCGAUGUUCUACGGCGGGUCGGAAUCACCCAUAUCGUCGUCGUCCGGAGUGUCGAGGAGAGUCGUUUUUUGAGAGAGAAAUUCGUGGAUGAUGGCAUAAGAACACACUUCUUCCAAAGAAGUGAUGAUAACGCCACGACAGUAGCAGAUAGAAAGCGCGCCUUGGAAAAAAUGAGUUUACCCGCGUAA